AAUUCACUAGCACAAUGCUAAGCUACUCAGUCUUACUCACACCCUCUCUUGCUCAUAUAACACCAUGUCACCAUCGCACCUCCUCCUCAUAGCCCUCAUCAUCUCCACCGUCGUCCACCACAUCUCCGCCCAAGGCAAAACCAAUGUAAAUGGACUCACUUUCGAAAACCCAAGACUCCGACAAGCCUACAUCGGGUUACAAGCGAUAAAAGCCACUGUUUUGUCUGACCCAUACAACUUUACAGGAAAUUGGGUUGGCCCAAAUGUUUGUAAUUAUAGUCGGGUGUUUUGUAGCACAUUUCCGGGUAACCGGUCUAUCCGCGUGGUUGGUGGAAUAGACCUCAACCGCGCAGAUAUCUCGGGUAGUUUACCUAAUGAGCUUGGUUUGUUAAAUGAUUUAUCUCUCAUUCAUCUUAACUCAAACCGCUUUUGUGGGACCAUUCCACGUAGUAUUAGAAAUCUUACUUCACUUUUUGAGCUUGAUUUAAGUAAUAAUCGGUUUUCAGGAGUAUUUCCAACUAGUGUUUUGUCACUACCGACUCUAAAGUAUUUAGAUCUUCGGUUUAAUGAUUUUGAAGGGAGACUUCCUAGAAGACUCUUUGAUAUAAAACUUGACGCUAUUAUAUUAAAUAGUAACAGGUUUAGGUCUGGGAUACCGUCGAAUCUGGGUAAUUCGACGGUAUCUGCAAUUGUUCUAGCAAACAAUAAUCUCGGGGGAUGUAUUCCCUCGAGCAUUGGUAGAAUGGCCAACACAUUAUAUCAAAUUGUUCUCUCCAACAAUAACUUGAGCGGGUGCAUACCCACUCAAGUUGGGUUAUUAAAAAAGGUGACAGUCUUUGAUGUCAGCCGUAAUAACCUUCAAGGGUCAUUGCCCGCAGCCAUUGGUGGAAUGACAAGUGUCGAGCAGUUGAAUGUGGCACAUAACCGGUUGACCGGAGUUGUUCCGGGCAGCAUUUGUCGGUUGCCGAAGUUGGUGAACUUUUUGUACUCGUUUAAUUACUUUACCGGUGAGGCACCUUCGUGUGUGGCCCCACCACCAAGGAAAGUGUUUUAUGAUGCCAAGAAUUGUAUUGCUGGUAGACCGAACCAGAGAACUCCUGGGCAGUGUUCUACCAGAUUUGCAAGGCCUGUUAACUGCCAAUUGCUACAAUGUGCCGGUUAAAAAACAAAAGGAAAUGCAGAAUAUAUAUAUAUUUAUUUAUAUAUGUGCGUGUGUGAUGAAGGCUAUAUAAAUAAUAAAACGUGAUGCAAGUUUAAUGAAUUCGUAGGUUUAAUGGAUUGUAAUGAUUUUGUGUUAAAUAUAAGAUGAUUAAGUGAUAAGUAGCAUUAUACCCGUAUAGUGUGGUCGGGUCAGUAUUCAUGUUGGUUGUGUAAUGUACGGAGUAUUAAUUAUUUAUGUGAAAUGAAAUUAAUUGUGUUUGUAAUAA